AGUGGCAGACGUGAGUUGCUAAGCUAGUGGAAGCGGUGAGUGGAGACGUCACAGUUAUUAUUAUUCUUGUUAUUAUUAUUAGAAGUAAAUAAUUUAAAGCUAAGUACCACUUAGCUUUAAAUGUCAGGAGAAAUAUGAGUUUGCAGGGUGUGGUAACAGUACAUUUCAGUAUACUAUUUUUUCGAGUAUAAAUUCUCUACUCGCCUAUUUGUGUUAUUCUCUCAAAGCAACACAAGUGUACGUGUCUCAUUGUGUAUGGCAUUUGACAUAUGCUGUCAUAUUGUACCGAAAAAUAGUGUUUCCAUUUCAGAAAAACAAUUAAAUAAAACUAAUAGGAAAGCAACAUCAGCACCAUGUUAAACGGUCGUCAGUUUGUGGAGGCUAUGGGCCGUCUGGGCUACCCUGAUGCAUCCUCGCUGAAGGCCUACGAGUUCGACUGGCUGUUCAACUGUGCCCCGGAAAACCUCCACUUUUUGCGUUUUGUCUGUCGGUCACUAAACCGGACUAAUGUGUUGACCAUGGAGGAAGCGCGUGCCUUUCAGGAGCUCAGCAAGUCUGGCAGACCCAUUCUGGAUGAAGCAGCUUUGGGGGAGGUUCUCAAAACCAUCGGACCAUCUGAGGAGAACAGUGCAACAUCCAUGUUUGCAGCAGAGGCGGGUGUUUCCAUAGAAGACUUGGAAACAGAGCUGCAGUCACUGUGUAAGGAGAAAGAGCUGAAACAGCAGCGUUAUAAGAAGCUGCAGGUCGCGGCCACUUCUCGAGCAGAUUUUGACUUUCGACUUGUCGCAGAAUCCGAGAGUGCUGCAUCCAAGCUAACUGAGGUCAACGCUUUUCUUAGAGCUGAGAAUGCAGAUACCAACACCGCGUUACAAAGCCUCACGGCUGAGGUGAGCAGGCUUGCGUCUCACCUUUCUGUUCAACCGGAAGCCAAGCACAGAGAGAAAAGAGAGUCUACUAGCAGAAGGCCAACAGCUCUUCUGUCUCAGCUCUCCUUGGAUCCAUUUCUGCAUCAAGAAGAGCUCAACACCAAAACACUCUCGGCCUUCACCCGGAAGCACUUCUUCACAGGCAUUUCGGACAUCGUCGAGACUUCUUGCUCCUUUCAGCUGUUGGACCUCAGCUCUUGUGAAGGUGAAGAAAAAGAGAACAAACAGAGCGUCGUGGAGCAAAGAAGAACCCAGAUGGCCAGACUUCAGUGGUCUCACAUUGUGGCCCAGCAUCAGCUGAUACAAACCACUGCCGAGGAGAAAAGCGUCAGGGCUGGACUAGACUGGCUCGCUGAGAAGUCCUCUUGCAAGAGCAUCUCCAACUCUUCCUUGCUUCAAGUGCGCGAGGUGGUAUCGAGGAAGGAGCUGCAAGUUGUGGAGGCAGAACUCGAAGCUCUGCUCCACGGGCCGGUGCCUGCUGCACUGCGGCAGUCAGCGCGGCUGCUUAAUGUGCCUAUUGUGAAGGGAGACCUGGCCCUGCAACUGGCCAGGCAGAACUACCUCACAUCCAGACAAGAUCAAGUACGUGAUGUCCUGCUACGCCAGAAGGCCUCCUUUGACAUCGUUCUCCUGGCCCAGGAAGUGGAGCUGAGGAACUGGAAGGCAUGCCUGAAGCAUCUUAGUGACGUGAGCAGCAGACUUGUUGAGGAAGGCAAAGCCGUGUCCCUCCGGAUGCAGGCUCUGGGGCAUUCUGAGCUGGCACUCAACACAAAGCAGAGUCCCAUCAUCAGCUGCAAGGACACUGCAGUGACCAGACUCCUCCAUAUCCUGGAUUCAACCCAGGGGGCAGCAGAGCCUUUCCAGUCAUUCGAAGCAUUGGACCAGGCUGCUCAUGACCUAGCAAGCAACCUCCAGGUGUCCCGUGAUGCGCUUGCAGCUGCCAGCUGGGAGCAGAACUACUCUGUGGCACAACUGGAAGGCCACUGUGAGGCCCUCCAUAGGGUCAUGUACACAGAGUUCCAGCAGUUGGUCUUAGGUCCACACGUAUGUUCUAUGGCCAUCACUAACCAAGAGCUGCUCUGUCCAAAUGCACAGGAGCUGACCAGAAAACUUGCAGGCGCAGAGUCACAGCUGCAGAGUUUGCAACAGGUCAUGCAAGAGAUCAUGAGCCAGGUGAAAGCCAAGCGCUCCCAGCUGGAGCGCAACUCCCUCCUCAAACAGGAGAGGGAUCUCUACAUCUAUUUCCACUUAGACGCCAGACUCCUGCGGAAAGUAGUGGAGGACCUGGAAAGCAAAAUGAAGCUGAGGAGUGGACAGCAAUAGUGACAUCUACAAGGAUGAACCUUCUUGUGUUUGUUAUGAUGUUAACCUUGUUUUUUUGUUGUUUUGUUGUAGUUGCCAAGGUGUCUUAUAAUGUUUUUUUUUUUUUUGGCAUGCCAUCUAAUAAAUAAAGGACAACAUUUCUAAGCAUUCUGAUGUUGUAUAAAUUAUUAAAAAGCUUUUUUCUGUGUUAUUGUAGUUUACGAUAGUCCAAUGUGUGUCUGUCUUUACUCCUCCAUUUAUUUCUUUUGGUUCCUGAUAGAGAGAGAAAACAGAAUUAUUUUCAAUGGAGAAACCCAGCAGUGGACAGCUUUCCAAGGCGGCCCAGAGGAUCCUAGCUGUUCUCCAGGCCCAGAGUGGAGCAGCCGGACAUCGACACAGUAAGUCAUACACACAUAUACAAUAUUUUGGGAGUG